AUUUUUUUGCUUAGGUAAACUCGAAAUCAAUUCAGCUCGGCACCGCUUGGAAGCAAACUUCGUCUCUGACCACCAUGUCUGCCCAAAAGGUUUCGUUUACUAUUCGCAGGCCUAGUCCAACCUCGCGAGCUGCUUCCUCAGGACCAGAAUCCGACAGCGGAUCAUCCUUCAAAGUCCCUGCAUUACCCCGUCACCUAACAAAUGAUUCUAGUGUUCCUGGGAGCCCUCUCGCCAGAAGUGGCACUUCUUCGCCAUACUAUGAUGACUCCGAUAGUGAUCAGGAUGAUGAAGUGCAGGACGAGCUCGUUACUGGCUUCGAUAAAUUUGGGGUACAACGAUUGCACGAGCGGAAGAAACCCCAAGGUCCACUUGUUAUCCCUGCGCUCAAAAACCGCGACUGGCGUGAAGCUGCUCGUAGAAGGCGAACUCUCAACCAAUAUGUCCCGGAGUCUGCUCGCGCUCAGACUGUGGGAAGUGACGGCAGUGUCGGUGGACUUGGUACCAGGGAUUCCAUAAACAGUGGGCCCGUUGUCUCAGGGCUUCAAUAUACGAAGAAGGAAAUGGACAGUGAGAAGCGUGAGCAGGAUGUCGUGAUGGUUGAAGUUGCUGGGGAAGAUAUCCCGAAAGCAGAAGAAGAAGAGGAUUCAGAAGACAAAGCAGCUCUACGGGCUUUACUCGCUGGUGCGGAUGGUGAAGACUCUGGCCCUCGAAUAGACAUCAUUCCUACGCCUAUAUCUGAGAAGGAUGCUUACAAACAGGACGUUGAAGAGCUUCCUGAAAGCGCUUCACUUGCCGAUUACGAACGAGUACCAGUAUCGCAGUUUGGCGCUGCCAUGCUACGAGGCAUGGGAUGGAAGGAAGGUACCGCGGCUUCCAGAAAAGGCAACGGCAUCGUACAACCCUACAUACCAGAAUCACGACCUGCGUUAUUGGGUAUUGGAGCCAAGGAGAUGGAAGUCUUCGACGACGGUUCCAAAAAACGCGGCGGAAAUCGACGCCCGGAGAAGCGUUAUAUACCGGUAGUAAAGAAGGACAAGGAUGGGAAUAUAGUCUCAGAGGGCGAGGCUCGGAGGAGGGAUUCAGAGAGGGAGAGGCGUCGUGAUCGUUCCAGAUCUCCCCAACGUGAAUCAAGGGUUUCUUCGAGGCGUUCUUCCUCAGAAAGACGGUCUUACGAUGACCGUCGCAGGGAGUACUCUAGGAAGGACGAGGAUGAAAGGAAUAAUAGGAGGGAUAAGUUUCGGGAUCGAGAUACAGACAAAGAAAGUAGUCGACGGGAGCGAAUAGAUCGAGACCGCGAUCGCCAUCAGGAUCGUUCCAGAGAUACAGAGAGGCAGAGACGUUAGACUUCGUGCAUGGGCCGUGCAUAAAUUUGAAUAUUUGAAUGGUAAACUUACUUAUGGCGUAUGUCGUUCUUUGAUUCAUCGAUACCGAGGUACGAAACAAUUGUAGCAUUGAAAUUUGAGAACCAGCAACCGAGUGUGCCGUGUUGGAUGCUCUUCAGACGUGAAUAUCGGCUCUCAUGCCAUUAGUAUAGCUGUGAGCACAACAAAGUAGCU